AUGUUUCUAGAUUUUAACCUUUUUAAUUUCUCCUUCAGAUCUUCUACUCAAGCAUUGAUCUUCAGCGCAACCGGUGAUCGUGAUUCAAAAGUUUUACUAGAAUCACUGAGGAAUAUACAUUUUCAUAUAGUGUAUUUUGUUAUACCCAGUUCCUACAAAAAGUUGAGCAAAAAUAAUGACAAUUUUUAUAUGAUGGAACACAAGGACCUUCUAACGAGAUGUAAAAGUCAAGCCUCGAUAUGGAAGAACAUAAAUGGAAACUCUACAGUGAAUGUAUUUGAAUGUGUCGCUGAUGCCUUAGAAAGUAUAAAGAAAAUUAAAGGCAAUAGUUCCGUUCUUGUUACUGGUUCCCUACAUUUAGUCGGUGCAACACUUUCAAUAAUUGAUCCUAAUCUUAAUAAAGAUUGA